ACUCCUCAUCAACUUUCACAUAAUUCAGGUAAAUAUAAAAAUCGAGUGGCACCACUCCAUUGUCUCUAAAAAUACUUCCAUAAUUUCCAUCGGCGUCAACAAUCGCACUAUUUAUUUUAUUACGUUCCCUCGAAUUAUAAUAAUUUUUUUAGUCCUUGAAAAUAAUAACCCACCGACGAUAAUCACAUAUCCGUUUGUGAUUACACAAACAUCCCCGAUCCGUGUAGACGAAAAUUUCCAAUCUGACCUUUCGCCACCCGAUAAGAACGGGACUCCGACCACAUGUCCUGAUCCAGCAUGUCUUCGCCUCAUGCUUGCUUUCCAGAAGCCGCUUCAGAAGGGACCAGGUCAAAGUGUCGACGUUAUCUGUAGUUUUUUAGAGAGGAGGGGUCGAGAUAAAAACCAAGAACUUUUGUACUCCUAUAAUCAAACUCCAGCACGGUGUGUCUGUCGGGUCAAUAUCAUCGUUAUCGUGAGUUCGAUUUAUCGCUUAGUCCCACUCGCUCAUUUGUUUAAGAAGUGUCGACCGGUGAGGUGGUGCUUUUCAGGUAUUUUUUGCUCGAGGCUUUGGAGGAGAAAAUCGGACAUGUAUUUAGGGGACAUGGAUGGGGUUGGCAUCACGCUGGCCAUCGGGGCCCUCAAGGCCCUGGCCUUCGUGUACGACGUCCUCACGUUCCCCGUUUACGUCAUGCUCCAAAGGCCCUGGCGAGCCCGCUCCCUCUCGAGAAGAGUUAAGGGCGUUAUUAUUGCCAUUGAGAGCGAUCAGCCAAAGGCAGAUGUAAGCAUUGAUAUGAAAGGAAACGAUAUUACUAACAACUCAACCGAACGACCAUCUAAACUGUACAAGGCCAAACCCAUCACCAAGGACACGACGAGCAUCACCUACCGAUCCACCACCGAACCAGGACCUGUCCAUGUCACUCUCGUCAAGGAAAAAAUCGACACCAUGGCCAAGAUGUUCGAGUACGUGAGUCGCAAAUACCCGAACAAGCGAUUCCUAGGAACGCGAGAGAUAAUAGCCGAAGAGGACGAAGUCCAACCCAACGGGCGCGUCUUCAAGAAGUACAACCUGGGUGCGUACCGAUGGAAGACCUUCUCCGAAGUGAACGCCCUCGCCGAGAACUUCGGCCGGGGAAUCCGCGAGCUCGGCAACGACCCCGGCGAGAACGUGGCGAUCUUCGCCGAAACGCGAGCCGAGUGGAUGAUCGCGGCCCACGGUCUCUUCAAACAAAGCAUCCCUCUGGUCACGAUCUACGCGACCCUAGGAGACGACGCCAUAGCGCACGGCUUGAACGAAACGGAAGUCACCACGGUCAUCACCAGCUACGAGCUCAUGCCGAAGUUUAAAAAAAUCCUGGCGAUGGUGCCCACCGUCAAGACCCUCAUCUACAUGGAAGACCAGCUGAAAACCCUAGACGAGGGGGGCUACAAGUCGGGGAUCGAAGUCAUCAAGUUCAGCGAAGUUCUGAAGAAGGGGGCCACCUCAAGGAUCGUUGACGUGCCGCCGAAAGCCGACGACGUCGCCAUCAUCAUGUACACGAGCGGCUCGACGGGCAUCCCCAAAGGCGUGAUGCUGAAGCACAAGAAUCUGAUUGCUACGUUGAAAGCGUUCUGUGAUUCCACUGAUAUUUACGAGACGGAUGUGAUGAUCGGGUUCCUGCCGCUGGCGCACGUCUAUGAGUUGCUGGUGGAGAGCGUGUGCGCCUUGACGGGGGUUCCCAUAGGGUAUUCGAGCGCGCUGACGAUGAUCGACGCGGCGAGUAAGAUCAAGAAGGGGACGAAAGGGGAUGCUACGGUUUUGCACCCGACUUGCAUGACGAGUGUGCCGUUGAUUUUGGAUAGGAUAUCGAAGAACGUGCAGGAGAAGGUGAGCAAGAGUGGUACGGCGAAGAAGGUGUUGUUCAAGUUUGCCUACGAUUAUAAAGUCAGUUGGAUGAGGAGGGGAUACUCGACGCCGCUUAUCGACAGGGUCGUUUUUGGACCAAUCCGCGGCAUCCUCGGCGGCAGCAUGCGUCUCAUCCUCUCAGGCGGCGCCCCCCUGUCUCCGGAAACGCACGAACAAAUGAACGCUUGUCUCUGUGCCACCGUGAUUCAGGGCUACGGCUUGACCGAGUCAACUUCAUGUGCAACAGUCCAAGAUUUUUACGAUAAGGUGUAUGGCCGAGUGGGUGCUCCCACUACCGUAUGUGAUAUUAAGUUAGUUAAUUGGGAAGAAGGACAUUACAGAGUCACAGAUAAGCCCUAUCCACGAGGAGAAGUAAUUUUAGGUGGUGAUAACAUAAGUGCAGGCUAUUACAAAUUGGCCGACAAAACAGACGAAGAUUUCAUGGAGGCCGACGGGCGGAGGUGGUUCAGAACCGGGGACAUCGGGGAAGUACACACGGACGGCGUCGUCAAGAUCAUCGAUCGCAAGAAGGACCUGGUGAAACUGCAAGCCGGCGAGUACGUGAGUUUAGGCAAGGUGGAGGCGCAGCUGAAGACGUGUCCUCUCAUCGACAACAUCUGCGUCUACGGCGACUCCACGAAGCAGUUCUGUGUAGCGCUGGUAGUGGCCAACCAGCAGCAGCUCAAGGACCUGGCGAUCAAAAAGGGAAUCGGGGAUUUAUCCUUCGAGGAUUUGUGUCAAAGUCCUGAUGUGGAGCGAGUCGUGAUAGCCGAAUUGAAUGAGCACGGAAAGAAGAGUAAGCUAGAGAAGUUCGAGAUUCCCGCAGCCGUCAAGUUGGUUACUGAAGUAUGGUCGCCCGACAUGGGUCUGGUCACGGCCGCCUUCAAACUGAAGAGGAAAGACAUCCAGGAGCGCUAUAAGCACGAAAUCAACCGGAUGUACGCCUCCUGAAACUCGGCCUGGUUUUAAAGUGUGUGUGAUAUUCAAGCGAAUUCGAGGACUUGCAUUCAAUUUGUAUAAAGAAAAGUUUGCCUUGUAUAAAGAUAAGGAGCAGCUUGUAUAUUUUUUCGAUCGUAAUAAUCAAUUGCUGCGCUUGUUCCAAGGAGCCGGUCUCAGUUUCGUCGGAAACUUAAUUUUGUACAUUUAUUUUACAAAAUGUUAUAAUUUUGUAGCAAUACGAUUGGCUUUUUAAGUAAAAUUCGUUUUGUUACUGCGUCUGUUGUUUUUCGUUGUUGGUUGUUUUUUUUUAAGGUGUAAGACUGUAUGUCCGCGUUAGCAAAUUUACUUGUCAAUUGAUACCGCAGGUCCAACCGCUCUUAUCGGUAUGCAAUAUGAAAGACAAGUACUUAAGUGUUAGGUUACUUCCAUAAGUUCUUUUAUGUAGUCGUACUCUCGUAUUUAUUAUUGUAAUUGAGAGGAAUAUUGCUAAAAAAAUGGUGCUGUUAAACUAUUUUUUCUAGGUUUUAUUUAGACUAGGUCGGGUUGGACAUGUAACAUCACAAUUCUCUUAUCAUUAGUCUAGGUAGGAAGUAAUUUCAAUAUAAAUGCUUUUUUUAUAAUGUAUUAUUUAUAAAUUUACUGUAAUUUAUUAAUACAGAAAGUGUGGAAGAUGUAUUUGCGGAAUGUGGAAGCAACCGCAUUAUAAAUAAAUUUAUAGAAUUUUAA